UCGAGUUGGAAAGUCGGCAACGGGCACCUGAAGAUCCGCCUCGGCGGGCCUCCACCUCGGCACAAGUGUAUUUGGAAGCCGAUUCUCCCCUUACUCCGGAGCUCACUUCGGAACCAGUUCCUGGCAAAGUUAAGGUCCCCCAGAUAGGGCUAUAUGAUGGAACAUCUGACCUGGACUCACACCUCGGUCAUUAUACUUCAUGGAUGGAUCUGCAUGGGGCCUCAGACGCACUUCGGUGUCGUAUGUUUUCACUUACACUGGGGCCUCGGGCCCAAAAAUGGUACCAUUCUCUUUCUCCUCAUUCAAUUUGGAAGUGGCAACAACUGAGGUCGGCUUUCCGAUCUCAUUUUAUCGGGGCUCAAGUAUGCCUUAUCCCAAAAGAGUCUCUUGCGAAUAUCACUCAAAAAGAUGAUGAAAGUGUCAAGGAUUAUAUUGCCCAUUUCAAUGACCGAGUUCAGAAUAUAGAACCUUGUCAUCCUGAAACCUUGCUAGUCAUGGCUAUUGCUGGAUUGAAACCGAAUUCGAUUUUCCGCUGGACGCUAUGCCAAAAUAAAACGAACACUUUUCAAGAAUUUCUCGCUCGAUCCCAGCAGCACAUUAUAGCGGAAGAAGCCAUGUCGGUUCCCGAUUUUAACUUUAACCCAAAGUCUUCUAAAGCGGGAACCGACGAAAAAAGGAAGAAUAAAUUUUUCGACAAGCAAAAUAAGACUCAAUUCAGGGGGCCUCCCCGAGGAGACCCCAAUGAUCCUGAAGUCCGAGCGGCCCGAAAACAGUAUGCAACCGACGUGAAGUCCGGUUAUCAAACUGUAUAUUCGGCGGGAGCAGCCACUAUUUAUGAAGAAAUCAAAGGGAAGGGCAUUUUGCCAGAUCCCAAGCCACUUCGAAUGCCCGAAGAAAAACUAGACAAAUCUCGAUAUUGUGAUUACCAUAAGUCGCCAGGGCAUAACACAGAUGAGUGUUUGAGUUUAACGACAUUGUACAAACUUCGAGCUGCAGUUUCUAUCUUUCACUAUGCAUUAAAGUUCCCGACAACCCGGGGAGAGGGAACCCACUUCGAAGAUCAAAGAGAAGCUCGAGAACUUGUUACGUUUAUCCCAUCCAAUGGAGUUCAUUCAACUUCAAUGGGUAAUAAUGAAGCCUCCCCACAGCAGCACGCUUCAGACGAUGCGGUGACUGGAGAACCAAAAAACCACGUCGGCGAUCCUUCCACCUCGGAUCCUUUAACCGAAGACCGAGGUCGCCGACCUGGAAAAGAGCCACUUCUUGAAGAAGACGAGUUGGACCCCAGAGUAUUGUUUAAAGAAAAAAGUCGAGCUGAUCGAGCCGAACCUGGAGAAGACGUGGAAUUGGUCUAUAUCGAUGAACCAGUCUUCCACAAGUCAUUGCGCAUCGGAAGUCAUCUUCAGGAACCACUUCGGUCAGAACUUAUCUCGUUUCUCAAACAGAAUUCUGAUGUUUUUGCCUGGAAGCACGAGGAUAUGAAGGGCAUCGACCCCGGUGACGCUAGCCACAAACUAAACCUCGAUCGAACAGUCCGGCCUGUUGUGCAAAAGAGAAGGAAACUGGGGCCGGAUCGUCAGAAGGCGUUGGAAGAAGAAGUCAAAAAACUCAUCGACAAUAAGUUCAUCAAGGAAGCCAAAUACCCAACGUGGGUCUCAAAUCCUGUUCUUGUCAAAAAGAGCAACGGGUUAUGGAGAUUGUGUAUUGAUUUUUCCGACCUCAACAAGGCAUGCCCAAAGGACAGUUAUCCACUUCCCCAUAUAGAUUACAUGGUUGAUGCCACGUCGGGACAUGAGUUGAUGAGUUUCAUGGACGCCUACUCCGGCUACAAUCAGAUUCCUAUGGAUCCCGAGGACUCUGAACACACUUCAUUCUAUUCGGCCCGAGGUCUGUAUUGUUAUACUAUGAUGCCGUUCGGAUUAAAGAAUGCCGGAGCCACAUAUCAACGCCUGGUCAACAAAAUGUUCGCAACACUGAUUGGUCACACUAUGGAAGUUUAUGUUGAUGACAUGCUCGUCAAGUCGGUGCACGCCCCUGAUCAUAUAACACAUCUUCAAGACAUGUUCGCCAUCCUCCGAUCUUAUUCCAUGGUGCUAAAUCCUAAGAAGUGUACUUUUGGAGUCGAAUCCGGAAAGUUUCUGGGCUAUAUGGUUAGCCAGCGCGGGAUUGAAGCCAAUCCGGCCAAAAUAAAGGCCAUUCAAGAUCUCUCUUCCCCAACCUCGGUCAAAGGUGUCCAAGCCCUUACCGGCCGACUUGCUGCUCUUAAUCGGUUCAUUUCCAAAUCCACAGAUCGUUGCAAACCUUUUUUCGAAGCAAUCAAGAAAGGAAAGCGCUUUGAAUGGACCGAAGAAUGUCAGAAAGCUCUCGUUAGUAUCAAAGAGACACUUGCUUCUCCGCCGACUUUACAAAAGCCGAAACCCGAGGAAAUGUUGUUCUUAUACCUCGGAGUCAGUGAUUCUGCCAUUAGCGCUGUUUUUAUACGCGAUGAGGGAUUGCUGCAAUCAUCUAUCUAUUAUGUCAGCAAAGCCUUGCACGAUGCCGAACUACGUUAUCCUCCGAUGGAAAAGUUAGCGUUUGCACUUGUGAUCGCAGCCCGAAAAUUGCGUCCUUAUUUCCAAGAGCAUUCUGUAACUGUUCGCACUUCGUAUCCACUUCGGCAAAUCCUGCACCGACCUGACACCUCGGGACGCAUGGUUAAAUGGGCCAUUGAGCUCGGACAGUUCGACAUCCAUUAUCAACCGAGGACCGCAAUCAAGGCUCAAGCCUUAUCUGAUUUCAUCGCCGAGUUUACCCCGGCCAUCACAGUUCACUAUAAUAAUCAACCAUGGGUCCUCUAUAUUGAUGGCUCCUCGACAGCUAACCGAGCAGGUGCAGGGAUAGUCUUAGCUGAUCCAGAAAACCG